AUGGCUCUGGAAGAGAAAUUUGAAAUGCCACUCGGAGAAGAAGGUGUUGCAAAUAUGGCAACUGUUCAAGAAGGCACUGAUCUAAACGAGAAAGUCAAGGUAGUUGCUGUGACGACCCUGCUACCAUCCAGAAUGUCGAACGGAGGAUCUUCAGCAGAUCAACAGACGGAGUUGAUACAAAAGAUGCACGAAGAGUUUCUACACCAGUUUGACGUACUUCGUCAGGCAAACGAAGCAAGCGUGGCUCAGAUCUCCUUGCUUCAACAGCAGAAUAACACUCUGCAAACGACGCUGGCUCAAUUGGUACCACCGCCACUAGUGGGUGACACAGCAGCACCCCCUAGUCAGAAUAUUCCUUCGAUUACUGGACUUUCGCCUGAUGGGGUUCCACCUAAUGGGGCACGACCCAAUGAGGAUGAGCAAGUCGAAUCCAGCCAUAAGCUUAUGGUGUGGUCCAAUGGAAUCCCAGAUGGUACAGGUGUUCAGGAUGUCUUUGACGAGAAGAGACUCCUGAAGAUUCAGACACCUGCCGAGAUGGCUCGAGAAUACAAAAAUUCUUUGAUCAAAACUCCUUUCACUGACGAUGUGUAUCUGGUUGAGAGGCCCAAGAAAUUCACCAUGCCUUCUUUCACCCAGUUUGAUGGAACAAGGGAUCCUUCUCGGCACCUAGAUCAUUAUACUCAAAAGAUGGCUUUGGAUGAUCGUAAUGACCCUUGGAUGUGCAGAGUUUUUCCUACCAGUUUGACAGGAGCAGCACUAGAGUGGUUCAGGAAUAGACCGCAUAAAUCCAUCCCGGAUUACGUAACUCUAUGCACCAUGUUCCUGGCACAGUAUUACGGAAAUAAGAAGCAAAAGAAGAGCAUUGCCAGCCUCUUCACCGUAAGGCAGAAAAGGGGGGAAACAUUGCAGAAUUUCUUGUCAAGAUUCAACAUGGAGGCAUCAGAAAUAGCGGAUUCUCAUCCCACAACUGCUAUAGAGACAUUUAAACUAGCAAUGAUUCAGGGGACGAAGUUCCACACUUCCUUAGUCAAGUAUUCUCCUCCCGACAUGCAGACUCUAAAUGCCAGGGCCCAGAUUUACAUUCGGCUUAAGGAAAAUAUAGCCCACCGAGCGCAGCACGCUACCCUCAUGACAGUGGAAAACAAGCCUCGAGAAAGAGUUCCAACUCCAAAGAUUCAAAAAAGCCAACGUUCCUCAACGCCGAUCACCGAGGCACCUGAAAAAAGGCAAAGGGUAGAGGAAGGAUUUACACCUCUCCGAACUACCUUGGCUCAGCUCUUCCAAGAGAAUAAGACGAAGUUCACAACUCCGCAACCGAUAAAGCAACCCCUGGAGCAAAGGGACAAAAGCAAGCAUUGCGCUUAUCAUCGAGAUUAUGGGCAUUCAACUAACGAUUGCCGAUCCCUCAGGCGACAAGUGGAGAAUAUGAUCGCCAGAGGUGACUUGACGGAUUACCUCAUGACAAAGGAGCAUGCAAAGCCCCGCGAGGUCUAUCCCCGCAAGGUAGAAGGUACGCAAGUAAAAGUCAUCCAUGUAAUACAUGACAGGUCUGAAGAUGAUCAAGAGUCCGAGGAGGUGUACAGAUCCAGAUUGAGGGCGACCCACAAGCUCAGGAAGAUAUCCUCGGUCAAUGUUAUCAAUUCGGGUAGCAUUAGUAUUGGAUUCGGAGAUGGCGACCUAUCCAGAGUGCAACUCCCCCACGAGGAUCCAUUGGUCAUCAGUCUUUUAGUGGCCAAUUGUAUGAUCAGGAGGGUUUUGGUAGAUCCAGGAAGUAGCGCUAACAUAAUCACAAAGACGGUCUUUGAUCAGUUAGAGAUCUCGUCAUCAUCUAUUCGACCUACCUUCAGCCCGUUGAUGGGAUUCGAUGGCAUAAGAGUAGAUCCCCUUGGAGUAAUAGACUUGUCCGUAACCGCGGCGAAGAGGACUCUGAAGGAGAACUUUAGCAUUCUGCCCAAGUAUCUUAAGGUCAAGGAGGAAGAGAAAAUUGCGAAGCCCACCGAGGGGACCCUCGAAGUCGUGGAAGUUAUCCUCGGCGACCCUCAGAAGGUUACUUAUCUAGGCUCUUCUUCCACGUCCGAAGAAAAGGAGGCACUAAUUGAUGUUAUCCGGAGCAAUGCAGAUGCCUUUGCGUGGGAUCACUCGGACAUGGUAGGGAUCGAUCCCUCAGUUUCCUGCCAUAGCCUGAAGGUGGAUCCAGAGUUAAAACCGGUCAAGCAAAAACAUCGAAGGUUUACCCCUGAAUGCAAUCACAUUAUAGCUGAAGAAGUGAGCAAAUUGUUGCAAGCAGGUUUCAUUCGAGAAGUGCAAUAUCCGCAGUGGUUGUCGAACGUGGUAGUCGUACAAAAGAAGAAUGGAAAAUAG